CUAGGUUGGCGCUGUUGUCACAGCUCCAUAAAGUAUUCUCUCUGUUGUGGAGGAGCACCUAAAGCCCACCCUUACUUUACCCACCAUGACAUUUGCCCCACCAUACACCCCUGGGAUCAUGAGACUGUGGGGUUGGUCAUGGCUCCUCCCAGUUGUGGCCCCUCAUAUCCACACAUGGUAUUGUCUCAUGCCCUCCAAGGAGACAUCUUAGGAGCCUUUCCUCACAAAAUGGCUUACUUCCUGUCCAGAGAGGAAGUGAUUUAUCCCAAGGACUGCAACGUUUUACAGAGACAAAGGAGCCUUGUUGUGGGCAGUAAAGGGUGCAGCACCCCUGUCAGUGAGGAGAGCCCCCAUGUGCAAAUACCUGGGCUUCCUCGUACUACAAAGGCCAGCAAGCCCACCCCUGCACCGGGUACAAGAUGAUGAGGAAUAAGGAGAAGGGCACGGAGGAGGACGGCUCAGCCCGCAGCAAUGCGUCCAGCCACUCAGCAUCGGAAGAGUCCAUUCACUCUGCAUCAGAGUCAGGCAGCCAAUCAGAAAGUGAACAUGCAAGCGGGCAGGCCAGCGCAUCCAAUAGCAGCUCCGAGUCUUCAGAGAGCCACUCUGAAUCAGAAUGUGAAUCAAAUGCUUCCAAAUCACAGGGACAACUCUCCGAUACGAAAGAGAAGUCGGUUCCCAAAAAACAGAGAUUGGCUGAUGUGAAAAAGAUGUGGGAAGAAUACCCUGAUGUGUAUGGGGUAAGAAGGUCAAAUAGAAGCAGACAAGAACCCUCAAGAUUUAGCGUCAAAGCAGAGACUACAGAUUCUGAAAGAGAAAGCCCAAAAAGGAGAAGUGCAAGAAACCUUCACAAAAAGAGAAUUAAACAACUUUCAGAUGAUGAUGAUGAUGAUGAUGAAGAGGAAGAUGAUGAAGAUGCUAGCAGUGGAGAAAGUGAUGUACAACGGCCAAAAUCCAGAUCCAGACAACUGGCUAAAAGAUUCUCAUCCAGAAUUUCGUCAAGAAAACAAAAGAAACCUCAACGUGGAAAAAGAAGAAAGGCUGAUUCCAGUGAAGAUGAUGAUGAUGACGAUGAGGACGAUGACGCUCCAAAGAGGCAGACGCGACGUAGGGCAGGCAAAACUGUUAGCUACAAAGAAGAUGAUGACUUUGAAACAGAUUCUGAUGAUCUGAUUGAAAUGGGAGGAGAAGAAGCAGAGGAACAAGAAGAAAGUCAUGAGACUAUUGAGAAAGUGUUGGAAUCCAGGACUGGAAAGAAAGGAGCUACUGGAGCCCCUACAACUCUGUAUGCCAUUGAAGCAAAUGGGGACCCCUGCGCUGACUUUAAUCGUGAAACUGAUGAAUCGGAACAACAGUUUCUUAUAAAAUGGAAAGGCUGGUCUUACAUCCACAGCACUUGGGAGAGUGAGGAAACCUUAAACCAACAAAACGUUAAAGGCUUAAAAAAGCUGGAGAACUUUAAGAAGAAAGAUGAAGAAAUAAAACAAUGGAUAUCAAAAAUUUCCCCUGAAGAUCUUGAGUAUUAUAAUUGCCAACAGGAACUGGCACUGGAAUUGAACAAGCAGUACCAGAUAGUUGAGAGGGUCAUAGCUGUGAAGACUGGCAAAUCUGCCUCUGGGCACUCUGACUUUCCAGUCCCAAGCAGGAGGAACUCCACCUCUAAUGAGCCAGAGUACCUGUGCAAGUGGAUGGGUCUCCCCUACGCGGAUUGCAGUUGGGAGGAUGGAGCUCUCAUAGGGAAGAAAUUUCAGCACUGUAUUGAUAGCUUCAACAGCCGGAAUAACUCAAAAAACACCCCUGUGAAAGAUUGUAAGGUCCUUAGACAGAGACCCCGGUUUGUGACACUGAAGAAGCAGCCUUCUUAUAUUGGCGCUGAAGGUCUUGAACUCCGUGACUACCAACUUGAGGGCCUCAACUGGCUAGCCCAUUCUUGGUGCAAGAAUAACAGUGUAAUCCUAGCAGAUGAGAUGGGCCUGGGAAAAACUAUUCAGACAAUAUCCUUCCUCUCCUACCUGUUUCACCAGCAUCUGCUUUAUGGCCCGUUUCUCUUGGUGGUGCCCUUAUCUACUUUAACAUCCUGGCAAAGAGAAUUCGAGGUGUGGGCUCCAGAUAUAAAUGUGGUGGUUUACAUUGGAGAUGUUGGCAGUAGAAAUACAAUAAGGGAGUAUGAGUGGGUUCAUCAACAGAGCAAGAAGAUGAAGUUUAAUGCACUACUAACAACGUAUGAAAUUUUACUGAAGGAUAAAGCCAUUCUAAGCAGUAUUAAUUGGGCAUUUAUUGGAGUUGAUGAAGCACAUCGGUUAAAGAAUGAUGAUUCCUUAUUGUACAAGACCCUGAUAGACUUUAAGUCUAACCAUAGAUUGCUGAUCACUGGAACGCCCCUGCAAAAUUCUUUGAAGGAACUCUGGUCACUUCUGCACUUUAUUAUGCCAGAAAAAUUUGAAUUUUGGGAGGACUUUGAGGACGAGCACGGAAAAGGAAGAGAUAAUGGUUAUCAAAGUCUCCACAAAGUUCUUGAACCAUUCUUACUGCGAAGAGUUAAGAAAGAUGUAGAAAAGUCUCUUCCAGCUAAAGUAGAACAGAUCCUCCGUGUAGAGAUGUGUGCUCUGCAGAAACAGUAUUACAAGUGGCUCUUAACAAGAAAUUACAAGGCUUUGUCCAAGGGAACAAAAGGUAGCACAUCUGGCUUCCUUAAUAUUGUAAUGGAGCUAAAAAAAUGCUGCAAUCACUGCUUCCUGGUCAAAAGCCCGGAAGAUCCGGAAAAGGAAACCAGGCUUGAAGGUCUACAGUCCUUGAUAAGGAGCAGUGGGAAACUUGUCCUUUUAGACAAACUGCUGACCCGACUGCGUGAAAGAGGUAACAGAGUGCUCAUCUUCUCCCAGAUGGUGCGCAUGUUGGAUAUCCUGGCUGAAUACCUCACCAUAAAACACUACCCAUUUCAGAGACUGGAUGGAUCCAUAAAGGGAGAGCUUCGUAAGCAAGCACUGGACCACUUUAAUGCAGAAGGCUCCGAGGAUUUCUGUUUCUUGCUGUCUACACGUGCCGGUGGACUUGGAAUAAAUUUGGCUUCUGCUGACACUGUAGUUAUCUUCGACUCGGACUGGAAUCCUCAGAAUGACUUACAGGCCCAGGCUAGAGCUCACAGGAUUGGUCAGAAGAAACAGGUAAAUAUUUAUCGCCUUGUAACAAGGGGAACAGUAGAAGAAGAUAUCAUAGAAAGGGCAAAGAAAAAGAUGGUUCUUGACCACCUUGUAAUUCAGCGUAUGGACACCACUGGUCGGACUGUGCUGGAAAAUAACUCUGGAAGCUCAAAUUCCAACCCAUUUAACAAGGAGGAGUUAGCUGCUAUUCUUAAGUUUGGAGCUGCAGACCUUUUUAAGGAACCUGAAGGAGAGGAAUCGGAACCUCAGGAAAUGGAUAUUGAUGAAAUUUUACGUCUGGCAGAGACCAGAGAGAAUGAGCCUAGCUCCAGUGCAACCGAUGAGCUUCUCUCUCAGUUUAAGGUGGCCAACUUUGCAACUAUGGAAGAAGGAGAAAAUAAUCUUGAAAACCAAGGCCAAAAGGAUUGGGACGAUAUUAUUCCUGAAGACCAGAGAAAGAAGGUGGAAGAGGAAGCCCGACAGAAAGAGCUAGAUGAAAUCUACAUGCUUCCUAGGAUUCGGAGCUUAAACAAAAAGGCACAGGCAAAUGACAGCGAGUCUGAUCAGGAAUCCAAACAGAGAGCUCAGCGAUCCUCUGGCUCAGAGAGCGAUUCUGAUGAUUCUGAUGAUGACAGAAAACCCAAACGCAGAGGACGUCCCCGCAGUGUUCGAAAGGACACAGUAGAAGGUUUCACAGAUGCAGAGAUAAGAAGGUUUAUAAAGGCAUACAAAAAGUUUCCGACUCCCUUGGACAGACUUGAGUGCAUUGCACGUGAUGCAGAACUUGUGGAGAAAUCAGUGGCGGAUCUAAAGAGAUUGGGAGACUUACUGCACUCAAGCUGUGCCUCAGCCAUGCAGGAGUUCGAAGAACAAUUGAAAGAGAAUCCAACUGAUGGUAAAGGUCCUGGCAAAAGAAGGGGUCCAACUAUAAAAAUUUCUGGUGUCCAAGUGAAUGUAAAAGCAAUUAUUCAACAUGAGGAAGACUUUGAAAUUCUCAGUAAAGCCCUUCCCAAAGAUCCAGAAGAGAAGAAAAAGUUCCAGUUAACUAGUCGUGUUAAAGCUGCUCAUUUCGAUGUAGAUUGGACUGUAGAAGACGACUCCCAUUUGCUCCUGGGGAUAGUUGAACAUGGCUAUGGAAAUUGGGAGCUCAUUAAAAGUGACCCAGAGCUGAUGUUGGCAGAAAAGAUCUUACCUGUGGAAACCGAGAAAAAACCUCAAGGAAAACACUUACAGACCAGAGCAGACUACCUGCUAAAAAUGCUUAAGAAAGAAAUAGAGAGAAAAGAAGGUGGUCCAACAGAGGAGGCAAAAAAGAAAAGAAGGCCACGGGCAAAGAGAGAUAGUGCAGGCAAAGUGAAGGAUGAGCAUGGCAAUGAGAUCUCCUCCCCUAGGCUUUCUGAUAACCCAUCAGAAGAUGCCGAAACCAAGGAUGAUGGCUCUCUGAAGAGUCCAAACAAGAAAAAACAAAAGAAGAAAGACAACAAAGAAAAUAAGGACAAACAGAACCAAAAAAAAGAUGGCCCCAAAGAGAAGAGGAAGCCAAAGGAAAAGGUGAAGCGGGCUGAAACCAAGGGUGGUGCCAGGAGUAGGAAGAACCAGGGACCUGUCCACAUUACGGCUGGAAAUGACCCUGUACCCAUUGGGGAAGAAGAAGAAGAUGAUCUUGAUCAGGAAACCUUCAGCAUUUGCAAGGAGAGAAUGAGGCCUGUAAAGAAAGCUCUGAAACAACUGGAUAAACCUGACAAAGGUCUGACUGUCCAAGAACAGCUAGAACACACAAGGACUUGCUUACUGAAAAUCGGAGAUCGCAUCUCUGAGUGCCUUAAGACAUACAAUGACCAGGAGCAAAUUAAGAUAUGGAGGAGGAAUCUCUGGAUUUUCGUCUCAAAAUUCACAGAAUUUGGUGCCAGGAAGUUGCACAAGUUGUACAAGAUGGCCCAUAAAAAGAGGUCCCAGGAAGAGGAGGAACAGAAGAAAAAAGAUGCAACACCAAGCAAGAAACCUUUUCGACCAGAGCCAUCUGGGUCCAGUCGUGAUUCGGUUAACUCACAGCCACAUGGACAUCAUAUGCAACAAAUGCCUCAUAGUAUUCCACCACCUCCACAGAUGCAUGGGCACCAAAGAGAGAACUAUAACAACCCAAACAAAAGACCUUUCAAUAAUGCAGAUCGAGGAGAAUGGAGAGAUAGGAAAUUUAACUAUGGGGGUAACAACAACCAGCAAUGGAGUGGAGACCGUCAUCACCAGUAUGACCAGCACCGAUACAAAGAUCAUCACUAUUCUGAUCGACGUCCUCAUGGGGAUCCUCGGAGAAAUUCUGCAAACUACAGACAGAACAAUGCAUCUCGCAAGAGGCCCUAUGAGCAGUAUAACAAUGAACGGGAUCACAGAGGCCACAGGGAAUAUUAUGACAGACAUCACCAUGACAAUAAGCGGAGGAGACCAGAUGAAUUUCGUGCUCAGGGUUACCAUCAGCAGGACUUCAGACGAAUGGGUUCUGACCACAGGCCACCAAUGGGAUACCAUGGUCAAGGACCUUCUGACCACUACCGGUCAUUUCACCCAGAUAAAUCUGGGGAUUAUAAAGGUUCUACUUCUUCCCACCAGUCAUCAUCUCUCUCAGACCCCCGUUCCCCCCCAGUCCAGAAAUCCCCUCAUGAGUCAAAAUCUCCAUUGGACAAAUCACUAGAACAGAAGAAUACAGACUACAAUUGGAAUUCCCGGAAAACAUAGGGGGGAGACCUUUUGAAUUCAAGUUCUAAUAAAAGCCCACAAUGCCCACUUGCUUAAAGUGGACCUUGCUGCUAUAGACUGUGCUCAUUUGAGAGAUAGGAAUCCUGGAUAUACUUACAUGAGGCAUAUGGCUCACUUUUUAAGAGAUUUCAACCUGUGCCAAGCAUAUGAAGUGAUACAUUUCUUUUUUUUCACAUACGUUUUAUAUCAUUUCAAUAAUGUUUCCCUUCGAGUGCUUAGGUGGUAUUUGGGACUCGUCCAACAUAAAAUAUUCCUUGAAGAAUGGGCAGCAUAGUCAACAGAAUGUAAUUCCUGUUGAUGUUUGGUUCAGGGCCGUGACGACUUGCCUGUGAACUAAGUCUAAUGCAUAUUAUGAAUAUAAGUGUUUAACUUAUCUGUCGAAUAUACUUGUGCACAAAGUGCUCAUAUCGUAUUUUCUAACAGACUCAGAUUCAAUGAAGAAAAACCUGGCUGUGGAUGUUUGUACACAAUAUGACUUUUUUUUAGUAUUGCUUCAAAAAGGGAAAGACCAAUGUUGUGGAUCUGGCAGCAAACAUCCCUUAAUCCUUUAAAAUAUUAUUGUUUUCUGCCGAGAUUUAGAAAAUCUUGAAACAUUUGUCAAUAGUUGCUAAAGUGCAAAGAUGAACCUGUUUAGAUCCCUUAAACUGUCUACACACAUAUGCUAGCCAUUGGGCGAAAAGCUGUACAGUGGUCCCUCAACAUACGAUGGUAAUUUGUUCCAAACGACCCAUCGUUUGUCGAAUCCAUCGUAUGUUGAGGGAUUUGUGCAAUAGUAAAAGUACAUUUAUACUCCCCUGUCCCCGCCGCUCCGGACCGCGUCCUCACCGUUCCCGAUGCUGUCCUGCUGCUCCGGCAUCUUCUUCUGGAUCCUCCGGUGUCCGGGGCUCGCUUUCUGGUGGCGUUAUUACGUUGCUAUGCCGGGACAUAAUUACGACGCCGGAAAGCGAGGCCCGGACCCCGGAGAAGAUGCAGAAGACGCCGGAGGAUUGCGAAAUGGACCCGGAGCAGCGGGGAUAGAUAAGUGAACCUGUCCCGGCUGCUUAAACUGCUAUUCGACAGCAGCUUAAGCAUUUUGCGCUGUAGGAUAGCAGUUAAUGCGAUGGCCCCGACAUAUAAAAGCAUCGUAUGUCGAUGCUGACAUCGACAUGCGAUGGCCUCUGAGAGGCCAUCGUAUGUUGAUUUGAUCAUAUGUUGGGGCCAUCGCAUGUCGGGGGGUUACUGUAUUUCCCAGCUCACCCUCGAUUGGCAAAGCAUAGAGCAGUGUUUCCCAAACAGGGUGCCCUCCAGCUGCUGCAAAACUACAACUCCCAGCAUGCCCGGACAGCCUUUGGCUGUCCGGGCAUGCUGGGAGUUUUAGUUUUGCAGCAGCUGGAGGCAUCCUGGUUGGGAAACACUGGCAAUAGGCUUUAUGUAUUCUGAAUGAAUAGUGGGAAGAGAGCUGCUGCCAGACUCUUCUUCUGGUAGCUUAUUCUAAAAUACCUAGUGUGCUUGCCACUUCAGUAUUUUCUAAAAUACUUGUUAGGGUUGCCAUAUUAUUAUUUAUAGUCACAUUAGAUUUCAUUGUAUGAUACACAACAGUUUAUCAGUGUGUAGCUCUUGAUCAUACUGUGCAGUUUCUAUUAAUGCACAUUAACAUAACAGUGCAGUUAUUGUGCAUAAGAUUUAAAACAUGGCUGCAUAUUUUUUUUACUGAAAUUCCUUCAAAGUGACAGCCUAAUGUGUUUCUUUAUCUAUAUAGGCCCAGAUUUAUCAAAUUGUGUGAGAGAAAAAGUGGAGGGAUUUUCCCAACCAAUCACAGCUCGGCUAAGGAGCUGUGGUAAAGUGAAAGCUGAGCUGUGAUUGGUUGUUGUUGGAAAAUCUCUCCACUUUUCCUCUCGCACAGUUUGAUAAAUUUGGGCCUAUGCCCAUCAAUACCACACCUUUUUAUGCAACCAUCAAGGGAAAUUGUGUUGCUUAUGCCAAAAAAAAAGUAGAAAACAAAACAUUCUUCCAGUAUUAGAAACAUGGUGUUAACAGAGAUAUUCUAGGUUACUGUGCAUGUAUGUGUGAACAGAAUAACCGCUUUCUUUACUGCUUCUUAUGUCUUACUCUGGGACAAGGGCCUUUUGGUCAUAGCAGGUACGUUUUGAUCAGGGAUUAAGUCCUGGGGGAAAAAAAGUUUGGGAACUUACCCAAGAUUUCCACUCAAGGGCUGGUCCUGCUGUGGAGAAAGUGCAGGAACUCAGUUCCCAUGCGUUCCUGCAGGACUUGAAACCUGGUUUUGAGAAGUGUAUUUUAUCUCUUUACCUUCCAUCUUUGUUUCAAAUGCAGCAAGGGGAGGUAGAAAUCUUGUUAUUUGACAAAAAUAAUUAAGAUGUGGAAUAUAAAUGUAAAAUACAGUUUUGCAAAAUGACCUGUGAACACUAUUUUUACAUCUUUUUUUUUCUUUUCCUGUCAUUACACUCAUAAGCCAUCAGGGCAGUCCCCAGCAGCUUUACCCCUCAACUCCCGCCCCCAACUCCAACCAUUGAUAGAUUUCUUCCUAUACCCAAAUCCAUCAAGCAAGGCAGGCAGAGGCCACCAUGGACCCCCUCCCAUCCAAUGACUUAGGCGUCAUGAAAGUGAUGACAGGUUUCCUUUAGUAAGUCUUCAUAGCCAUUAGAGCUUCAUUUUUCAUACACAAAGAAUUCUGAAAGUCUUCAUAUAGUUUCACUUUUUACACAUUUUGUUACGUUGUGGCCUUGUGCUAAAAUCAACGUAAUUCAAGUUUUCCCCCAUCAUAGUGAGAAUGUGAAAACUGAAUUUUUUACAUUUUUGCUAUUAAAAGCAACACUAAAAUUUCACAGGGACAAAAAUCUUUUGGCCCUUUACUUGGUACUUAGUUAAAGCAUUUUUGCCAAUGUUUACAGUCUUGUUGGGUAUAUAGUAGGGAUCGACCGAUUAUCGGUUUAGCCGAUAUUAUCGGCCGAUAUUCACGAUUUUGGAUGUUAUCGGUAUCGGCAAUUACCUUGCCCCCUGCACCGCCCCCACCGCACUGCACCCCCCCACCACCACCGCUGCCCCAUUGCCUCCCCCAUCCCUGCUACUUCUGGCUCCUGCGGCGUCCUGUGUUACCCUCUGUGCUGCGCAAUGACGAGUGACGUCCUCAACGCAACGUCACCGUCAGUGCGCACAGUGACAGCUCAGGAGGACGCAGCCGGAGCCAGAAGUAGUGUGGGUCCUGGGAUCAGGUAAUUAUGAAACCGGGAAUGGGGGAGGAAAUGGGGAAGCGGCGGCAGUCUCUGGCCGGGGCGGUGCGGUGGGGGGGAGGCGGUGGUGGUGAUAGGACUCAGGACAGGCAGGGGGAGAAAAGCGGGUGGUGGCGGCGGUCUCUGGCACCGCAAAAGCCGCUGCAGUUCAUUGAUUUAAAGCGCCCGCUUUAAAUCGAUGAUCUGCAGGGGGGGUGGUUGGAAUAAAUAGCCGAUAACUUAUUCCGGAAUAUCGGUAUAAGUUAUCGGCUAUCGUCACUAAUCUCCACAGAGUAUCGGCCCUAAAAAAUCAAUAUCGGUCGAUCCCUAGUAUAUAGACUGCGGUGUGUAAUAGCAAAGGGUCCGAAUACUUACUCCCAUGAAUAAUUUUAGUUUUUCCUUUUUAAGAAAAUCUAAAAUUCUGUUUUCACUUUGUCAUUACGGGGCACAGAUGGGGGAAACGUGUUACUUUAUUCUAGCACAAGGCCUCAACAUAACAAUUGGGAAAAAAGGGAAAGGGUCUACUCGAAAAACCUUUCUGAAUGUGUUGUAUGAAUGUGCUGGGCUACUUGAAUCCACUAUUAGAGGAAACUUACUGAAUACAUUGUUAAUACUGAGUUCCGUGUUAUAACAAUAUUCAGUAAUCUUUCUCCAUUGCUGACUCCAGGUAGCCAAAAUCUUUUAUAUCUAUGUCUAUGCAGGGGAUUUGGAGCUCUGCAUCACAUAAAUGGAGUUUUAAAGGGGUACUCCACUCCCCAGCAUUCGAAACAUUUAGUUCUGAACGCUGGGUGUGGGCCCUUGCAGUCCCCUGUGACGUCAUGCUCCUCCCCCUCAAUGCAAGUCUAUGGGAGGGGGCUUGACGCCCCCUCCCAUAGACUUGCAUUGAGGGGAUCGGGAAGUGAUGGCACAAAGGGGGCAUGGUGACCCCCCAAAGCCCGCACCCAGUGUUCAGAACUAAACUGUUGUGAAUGCUGGUGAGUGGAGUACCCUUUUAAGGGUUAUGACAAAACCUUAAUAUAGUUUAGAAUUUUGGCAUGUUAUAUUAGUCUAAUCCAUAUAAUUAUUAAGGUAACUAAUCCUUUAUGUAAAUGGACUGUAUCUUGUGCAUUUGUACUAGAGCCAACAUAUGUGUUGCCCUCAUCCUUAUAUUAAUCCUGUCAAAAUAGAGUUUCCCGUAUAAGAGCUACAGUAGGGUAUCCUUAAUAGCACAGUGUCAGAUUGAUGUUAUCGAUUGCACAACACACUUUUACAGUCAGGCGCAGGUAGAAUAUUCUUCACUUUAUCUGAUCAAGGGUGAGAGUUAACCCUUAAAUAAUAUAUUACUUGUGUACAAUAUAAGCAGAGGCAUUGGAUGCAUUUCUGCACACAAAUAAGUUAAUAUAUAAAAGUUGCAGAGACAAAAUGAACGAGAGCCUCGUAUAGUAGAAUAUUACCCCUCUUUAUAAAGGGUCUGUAUUACAUUUGUUUUGAGGAACAACACCACACCUGUCUAUAGGCUGCAUCUGGUAUUGCACUGUGGCCUUAUUGACAUGUGGCACUGUUUCUUGGGGGGAAAAAAGCAAAAGUUUUAUUUUCUAUUAUCUUUUGACCUUGAAGUCUAUUGCACCUUGAGCUGGUUUCAUUAGUUAGACCUUUAAGAUCCUAGUAAGCCAGGAUGUUCUAAAAUUGUGAUACUUUUCAUUAACUUAUAAUGUAUAGUAAAUCCCUGGCCAAAUGAACUAUAAGUAAGAACUUGUAUUCAUUAGCCUUACUCGGCCUAAGUAAUUCAGAAAUAAAUUAUUAAUAUUCAUUAGUAUUUGCAGCUGUGGAAAUGGGGGAAAAAAUUGAGAAUGUAUUAAUGACGUAAUCCUAUAGAUUGGUAUUGCUUAAGAAAUGGUCACAGAAACUGUACAAGUGCCUUAGUAAUCGUCUGUCAUUACGUUCUGCAGUAAUGAAAUCAUGAGAAAUUGUCAUUUAUAUGGGAAGUGUAAAGUUCAAUGCUUGUUUUCUCCUAUGGCCAAGAAAGGAGGUUUCAUUCUCGUGCAGUUAUCUGUAUAACAAUAUGGAAUCUUUUCUUCUUAUAAGUAUUAUGUAUCUGAAGGGAACUUUGUAUAGUCCCAUGAUCACUGCUUGUUUGCUUAGUGGUUUAUAAAGGGAUACAUCUGCUCAUGAAACGAUCCAUUUGACCAUUGUCCAGUAGUAUGUCCAAGGGACUUGGUUGUUACAAUAGAAAUGGCCUGCGUGAGAAUGCUGCAAAUAAGAUGUGCCACUGUUGUCCUUAGAAACCAGAUUCGUGCUGAACGCAGUGAUCUGAUUGGUUGCUAAUAGGCAACACUGGGACGUCUUACCUGCUAUCGUUAUACAUAGAGCCCAGUAUGGUUUCAGAGUUCUUUUUUUUUCCAUUAAUUUUUUUUUUAUUAAUUUGAAAACUUGGUGAUUGUUGCAAACAUUGGGACAGUGAAAUGGGAAAGUGGGAUGUUUAUCUGCAGACAAAACAUUUUCUACACCCCCUGUCUGAACUGAAUGGAAGGUAGAGAAAUUUAGGGAGGGAGAGUCGGAAGCCCCCAUCUACCUGUCUUUAUGAUGAUAUGUAAAGACGUCAGUCAUGACAACACCCCUUUAAAGUGUAUUCACACACAACGGAUCUGCAGUUGCCGAUUUUACAAAGCUGUCAAAAGUACAUAAGAAUUGUCUUGUAAAAUCCGCAGCUGCUGAUCUGCAAUCACAGACUAUACAGGUUUAAAUCCGCAGCGAAUCCUGUAUGUGAAUACAUUCAUACAAAAUUUCCCAACCAGUGUGCCUCCAGAGAGGAUAGGGGUUUUAGUUUUGUGCAGCUGGAGGCACUAUGGCUGGGAAAUAAUGCAUUAGUAUAUUAGACAGUAUUAUGUUGAUCAACAUAUAAUUUCAGCAAACACGUUAUAUACCAUUGUUCCAGAAGAAUAUGUUGCAAAGAAAUAAUAUUUAUUGCAAGUUUGGCACCGAUGUCCCUAACCAGCAUUGUAGGACAGAGAAGAUCCUAUUUAAUCCAGUGCUGGUUUUGAAGGACCCAGGUAAUCACAGUUGUACUAAACUAAUCUGGGAUCAUUUCUGCCAUAAUGCAUGCACUAACUUACAUCCAUAUUACAGCCAUGUGAACUAGGCCUUAAAAACACUAAGGCUCAGAUAAAAUUAGAUAAUUUUUCUAAUAACUUGUCACAAUCAGGAUAGGCCCCUGUAGAAGUGGAUUUCAUUGAGUCAUAUGGUAUAUCACCUGUUACCGUAUAUGGUUUCCACCCCUCUACUCUCUUCCUAUAUCAUUUUCUUUUAUAUACGGUCCUCAUAGAAACGUGUUUAGACACCAUGUCACUGCAGAAUCACCCCCUCUUUAUACAGACAUGACAAGUAAGGUAUGUUGUCAAUAAUUUAUAUUUGUGUAAAGGCCAUUCUCUUUGUGUUCCUGUGUAAAUAGCUUGUUUAUAUAGUAUGUAUUAAAUUUUCCUACAUUGUAAACUGCUGUACUUUUCAUUCUUGUAUAAUAAAAUGUGAUUGAAGUUU